AUGAACCCAACCACCUGCUUUUUUGUCAAGCUAUCUAUCCUAGUUGCUUUAUCAUGCCAAGUACUCGGAUCUGACCACUUCGGCGGCGACGGCAUCCUUUCUAAGCUCGAAGCCCUCCACCAUGAUGACCCAGCCCGAAGACUUCGUCGUCGACAGAUCGAACUAGGUGGGGCGACUGACCCGAAAGUUGAUGCCACCCAAGCGACCGCAGCAACAGCAAAGGAUAACACCAAGGUUGAUGCCAAGGGCGAUUUACCCGCGCCAGCUGGCGCGAAGGAUGCCAACAACAAGCCCCAAAACCUCUCCAAGGAGGAACAGCUUGCGACUAAGCUGUUCGAGGGAAUCAUCGAGAUGGGCGUCGGCUUGGAAGGCGUGACCAACUUGGGAAGCAGCACGAAGGAAAUCGUCGACCAGAGUAAAAAGGUCUCCCAGAUGCUCCCAACGGUCAAGACUUUGACGACCGAGUUGCUCGGCGCCGCUCCGAAAAAGAGCGACGAGCUCAACAAGGCUGUUGAGGAGUCCACCAAAGCCGGCGAGGCAAUCACUAAAUCCCUCAUAGCCAUCGAAGCAAAAGUCGAUGACGCCAACGUCAUAAAGCAGGAAUACAAGAACUUGGAGAAAUCGUUCUUGCAAAUCCUCAAGACUUCGGACGGCCUCGCGGUCGCGGCGAUCCCGAAGCUCGCCGAGCAAGCGAACCAAGCGCAUGUUGAAGAAGCGGGCGGCGCGGCAGUGAAGGUGGCGGGCCCGAGCGGCGAGGCGGCCGGGGGCGCGAACGCCGCGACAGCGUUGAGCAACAAGGACGAGGGGAAGAAGGCCGAUGCGCCCAAGGAUGCGGGCGACAAGGGCCUGGUGGCCGAGAAGAAGGGCGACGGAGCUAAGCUCGGCGAGCUCAAGCCGAAGGCCGCGGCUCCUGAGGGGCCAAUCGACACCGGCGUGGUCAUCCCUGGACAGUAG